GGGACGUGAGUCGGGGCGAGCCAACCUUCUGGACCCGAUCUCCUCCCCGCCGCCUGCCUUCGAUGGCCUGGACCGGCGUGUUGGCCGCCUGCUGCUGCUGCCGGCAGCUGACCGAGACCCUUUUCCGAGUCCGGCCUCACGGCCCGGGCGCGGAGGACGAGGAGGAGAAUGAGGAGGCCCCUCUCCUGCCCAAGCCUCCGGCGGCCGCCCCCCGCACCGGGCCCAGCGAUGGCCCCUUCCCGGACCUGAUCCCCAGCGGAGCGGUGGUGGCCGGCGGGGAUCCGAGAACCAUGGCACGGGGGGCGUGCGGCGGGAGCCGGGGCCCUGGGCCGCCCCCCGCAGAGUCGGCUCCUCGUCCUUCCGCCGUCCUUCUGGCUGACCUUGGGCUGGGGGUGGGGACAGGGAAGCCUGGCCAGCCCCAGCUGCCGGGGGGAGACGGGCGGAGUGGUGUGAAAUCCGAAGCCAGCGAGUCCGGGGCCGAGCCAGGCGGGGAGGGCCGGCCAUCCGGGGAUCGGGGGUCUCCCCGCCCGGGCGCCGAGGCCGAGGUAGGGGGCCCGGCCCCUCCGCCGCCCCCUGCAGAGGUGAGCCCCAGAGCCCCGGUGACCAACACCCGGAGGACUGGUGGCCCGGCUGGUGGGGCCGGUCCUUCCCCGGAGACUCGAUCUUGCUCCGGGCCAUCCAGGUGCCCUGGGGGCCCCGGCCCCGCCCCUACCAAGCAGAGGAGGAGGAGGAGGAAGAGAAAGCAGCUCCCCAGUGGAGAGCUCCUGCCGGUCAUGGCGCUGGUGAAUGGGGGCGGCGAGAACGGGAAAGAGGAGGAGCCGCGGGAGAACGGGCACGUCGAGGAGGAGGAGGACGGGGAGCCGGGCGACGAGCAGGAGGUCAUCGUCAUCCAGGACACGGGCUUCACCGUCAAGAUCUUCGCGCCGGGGACCGAGCCUUUUUCUCUACAGGUCUCUCCGCAGGAGAUGGUGCAGGAGAUCCACCAGGUGCUCAUGGACCGCGAAGACACAUGCCAUCGCACCUGCUUCUCCCUGCAGCUGGACGGCAACAUCCUAGACAACUUCGCUGAGCUCAAGACCAUCGAGGGGCUGCAGGAGGGGGCCUCGCUCCGAGUGGUGGAAGAGCCCUACACGGUCCGCGAGGCCCGGAUCCACGUGCGCCACAUCCGGGACCUGUUGAAGAGCCUGGAUCCCUCCGACGCCUUCAACGGCCUGGACUGCAACUCGCUGUCCUUUCUGAGCGUCUUCACCGACGGCGACCUUGGCGACAGCGGCAAGCGGAAGAAGAAGGCCGGGGAGCUGGAGCAGAUCGACUGCACGCCCCCCGAGCACAUCCUGCCCGGGAGCAAGGAGCGGCCGCUGUGCGCCCUGCAGCCGCAGAACCGCGACUGGAAGCCCCUGCAGUGCCUCAAGGUGCUCACCAUGAGCGGCUGGAACCCACCCCCCGGCAACCGCAAGAUGCACGGAGACCUGGUCUACCUGUACGUGGUCACGGCCGAGGACCGCCAUGUCAGCAUCACCGCCUCCACCCGCGGCUUCUACCUAAACCAGUCCACGGCGUACAGUUUCAACCCCAAGCCUGCCAGCCCCCGUUUCCUCAGCCACUCCUUGGUGGAGCUCCUCAACCAGAUCAGCCCGGCCUUCAAAAAAAACUUUGCUGCCUUGCAGAAGAAAAGGGUCCAGCGCCACCCCUUCGAGAGGAUCGCCACCCCAUUCCAGGUGUACAGCUGGACGGCGCCCCAGGCCGAGCACGCCAUGGACUGCGUGCGGGCCGAAGACGCCUACACCUCGCGGCUGGGCUACGAGGAGCACAUCCCUGGACAGACGCGGGAUUGGAACGAGGAGCUGCAGACAACACGAGAGCUGCCCCGGAAGAACCUGCCCGAGCGGCUGCUGAGGGAACGAGCCAUCUUCAAGGUACACAGUGACUUCACGGCGGCGGCCACCCGGGGGGCCAUGGCGGUGAUCGACGGGAACGUGAUGGCCAUCAACCCCAGCGAGGAGACCAAGAUGCAGAUGUUCAUCUGGAACAACAUCUUCUUCAGCCUGGGCUUCGACGUGCGCGACCACUACAAGGACUUCGGGGGCGACGCGGCCGCCUACGCCGCCCCCAGCCACGACCUGAACGGCGUGCGCACCUACAACGCCGUGGACGUGGAGGGCCUGUACACGCUGGGCACCGUGGUGGUGGACUACCGCGGCUACCGCGUCACGGCCCAGUCCAUCAUCCCGGGCAUCCUGGAGCGGGAGCAGGAGCAGAGCGUCGUCUACGGCUCGGUCGACUUCGGCAAGACGGUGGUGUCGCACCCGCGCUACCUGGAGCUGCUGGAGAAGACGGGGCGGCCGCUGAAGGUGCAGCGACACCGCGUGCUCAACGAGCACGACCAGGAAGUGGAGCUGUGCUCCUCGGUCGAGUGCAAGGGCAUCGUGGGGAACGACGGGCGCCACUACAUCCUGGACCUGCUGCGCACCUUCCCGCCCGACCUCAACUUCCUGCCCGGGGCCGGCGAGGACCUGCCCGAGGAGUGCCGUCGCCUCGGCUUCCCGCGGCCCCACCGCCACAAGCUCUGCUGCCUCCGCCAGGAGCUGGUCGACGCUUUCGUGGAGCACAGGUACCUCCUGUUCAUGAAGCUGGCGGCCCUGCAGCUGAUGCAGCAGAAGACGGGCAAGGCGGAGAGCGUCCCCCCACUGGAGAACGGCACCCCCUCCUUGACCUCGGGGGCCGAGCCCAAGGCCGGCGAGCGGUCCGGGUCCGGGCAGGCCGACGAGGGCGGGAGCGGCCUGGCCCAGGUCAAGGAGCUGGCCGAGUCCGUCGCCUCCGAGGGCACAGUGGAUCCCAAGAGCCGAGAGGUGAUCCAGAACGCCUGCAAGGCCGUGGGCUCGGUGAGCAGCACCUCCUUCGACAUCCGCUUCAACCCGGACAUCUUCUCGCCAGGGGUCCGCUUCCCUGACUCCAGCCGGGAAGAAGUACAGGACCAGAAGCAGCUGCUGAAGGAUGCGGCGGCCUUCCUGCUGUCCUGCCAGAUCCCCGGCUUGGUGAAGGACUGCGUGGAACAUGUGGUUUUGCCCAUGGACGGGGCCACCCUGGCACAGGUUAUGCACCAACGUGGCAUCAACAUGCGCUACUUGGGGAAGGUGGUGGACUGCGUGAUGAAGAGCCCAGCCCGCCCCCAGUUGGACCAUGUUUAUAAAAUCGGCAUCAGCGAACUCAUCACGCGCUCAGCUAAGCACAUCUUCAAGACUUACCUGCAGGGCGUGGAGUUGUCGGGCCUGUCUGCGGCCAUCAGCCACUUCCUCAACUGCUUCCUCAGCUCCUUUCCCAACCCCGUCGCCCACCUUCCAGCCGACGAGCUGGUCUCCAAGAAGAAAAGCAGGAAGAGGAAGUCGCGGACCCCCGGCGGGGCCGACAGCACGGCCUGGGCCACCGUGACGCCCCAGGAGCUCUGGAAAAACAUUGGCCAAGAGGCCCGGGACUACUUUGACUUUGCCCUGGAAUGCGAGAGUGUCGACCAGGCGGUGGAAGGGUACGGCCUGCAGAAGAUCACCCUCCUUCGCGAGAUCUCCCUGAAGACUGGAAUCCAGAUCUUGCUGAAGGAGUACAGCUUUGACAGUCGGCACAAACCGGCCUUCACGGAGGAGGACAUCCUCAACAUCUUCCCCGUGGUCAAGCACGUCAACCCCAAGGCCUCGGACGCCUUCCACUUCUUCCAGAGCGGCCAGGCCAAAGUGCAGCAAGGGUUCCUGAAGGAGGGCUGCGAGCUCAUCAGCGAGGCCCUGAACCUGUUCAACAACGUGUACGGCGCCAUGCACGUGGAGAUCUGCGGCUGCCUGCGCCUGCUGGCCCGCCUCAACUACAUCAUGGGUGACUACUCGGAGGCCUUGAGUAACCAGCAGAAAGCCGUGCUCAUGAGCGAGCGUGUAUUGGGCAUCGAGCACCCGAACACCAUCCAGGAGUAUAUGCACCUGGCGCUGUACUGCUUUGCGAGCAGCCAGCUGUCCACGGCCCUGAACCUGCUGUAUCGCGCCCGCUACCUCCUGCUGCUGGUGUGUGGGGAAGACCACCCCGAGAUGGCCCUCCUGGACAACAACAUCGGGCUGGUGCUGCACGGGGUGAUGGAGUACGAGCUGGCGCUGCGCUUCCUGGAGAACGCCCUGGCCAUCAACACCAAGUACCACGGGGCCAGGUCCCUCAAGGCAGCGCUCAGCCACCACUUGGUUGCCCGAGUGUACGAGAGCAAAGCGGAGUUCCGGUCAGCCCUGCAGCACGAGAAGGAGGGGUACACCAUCUACAAGAACCACCUGGGGGAGCAGCACGAGAAGACCAAGGAGAGCUCGGAGUACCUGAGGUGUCUGACGCAGCAGGCGGUGGCUCUGCAGCGCACCAUGAACGACAUCUACAAGAACGGCUCCAACGCCAACAUCGUGCCCCUCAAGUUCACAGCCCCCAGUAUGGCCAGCGUCCUGGAGCAGCUCAACAUCAUCAACGGGAUCCUCUUCAUUCCGCUCAGCCCGAAAGACCUGGAGAACCUGAAGGCCGAGGUGGUGCGGCGACAGCAGCUCCAGGACCCCGACAAGCCCGGCGAGCCGUUCCCUCUCCCGCUCCCCUCGGCGCCCGGCCAGGAGCCCUCCGCCCCCACCUCAGCAUGAAGCGGCCCCGGGGUGGGGAGAGACCCUCAUCCCAUCCGUCCCCUACCUCGGGGGAACCAAAAAGCCGCCGCCACCCCUGCCCCUCCGCCCCGCCUCUCCCCCGACGAUGCCGGCGCGACGAAUGCCCCCGCGUGGAGACCUGUCGGACCCGUGAAGUUGAGACGCGGGAGGGAGGGGCGGGCCCAGUGCACCCCCUCCCCGGCCCCGCGCGCCGAGUGUGUGCCCGUGCUCCCGCCUGGAAUCUGUACAUAGACCACCCCCCGCCGCCCCCAAUGGACCGGGUGAGCCGAGUGCAUUACUCAGGUCAUUUCAAAGUUUCACGUUGAGGACGCGCUGCUUUCACCGGCUCCCCCGCCACCCCUCGGUCUGGGCCCCGACGUGCACCCCGACUCCUGCCGGCCCAGAGCCCGGAGGUGGGUGCGGGGAUGCGCGGCUCUUGGGACCGUGGGAGAGGAGCCUCUGCACCUCUCGGUGAGAGGGGAGGGCCGGGCCUCAAUGGAUCCCACUGUCCUGCCCCUGUUCUUAGGGGGUGAGGAGAAGCCCCGGGCCCAUCCGUCCCCGAGUCCAUCCGUCCGUCCACUGGGUCUCCCCUGCCGCCGGGGCCGGGCCCACCGCUCCCUACCGUCCACAAACACGCACAGUCCCCGCUGACCUCCGGGCGGGAUGCUUCCUCCAGCUCGGCCCGAGCGAGCGCGCCAACUCAUGCCCGGUGGGGGAGGGGGCCGUCUGCCCCAAGGGACCUAGGACUGAAGCGCGAGUCUGGAGAAACCACAUUCAAGGAAAAAAAAAAACCACUUUAAAGAACAUCUGAAAUCACUGUUAGUUUUGCGUUUCCCCCUUGGAAUGCUUACGUCUUGACUUAAUACCUUCCCCCCACUCCUGGGUGGGCGGGCGGGGGAUGGGACAUGUGCCCCUGAGCCCCUUACCCCCUCACCUUUGCCUUGGGGAAGGGGGAGAGGAGCCCCUCCAGCUGCUGACCCUGGGCGAGGGGGUGCUCGUGUGUCUUCACAGGGGGUGGGUGGGCCGCGACCACUCCCGCAACCUUGCUUUAAAGCCACGAGUGCGUGUGAGUGAGUGCGCGUCAGUGCGUGUACCCGUGUGAGCAGGGCAUGGGCGGCCUGCCUUGUUUUUAGCCAUCACGUCUGCGGCACACUGGAAUAAAGGGAGUUUUUAAAGCC